GCUGGGUGAAGAUGGGGUUGGAGAGAGCCAAAGGAGUAGUUUUCAGAGUGAGGGAGUAGGUACAGAUAGAGGGAUGGAGAGGGAGGAGUUCAGGAUGACUAGAGCAGGGCUUCUCAAACUGCAGCCUACCUAAGAGUCACCUGGGUGGCUUGGUAAGCAGUUUCUGGGCCCCGUCCCCACAGGCUCUGACUCAGUAAGUCUGGGAUGAUGCUUAAGAAUUUGCAUUUUUACCAAGCUCCUGGGUGAGGCUGGUGUGUUGAUCACAUUUUAGGUAGCACCAAACUAUUGUGUUUCUGGCUUAGAAACCCCUAGAAUACAAGCCCCCCUGAGGGCAGGGACUUUGUCUUGUUCGCUGGUGUAUCCCAGGGCCUAGAACACUGCCUGAAUACAUAGGCUCACAAGAAAUAUUUGUUCAAUGAAAGCUGGUCAUUUGGGCAGAAAUGGAUAGUAAGACGGGCAUAAGAUUAGAAGCAAAAAUAAUGAGUUCAUUUUUAUCCAUUUGAUUUGUCUUGACUGUCAGCAAGACAUUGGACCAAAGAUGCAUUGUGAAUAUACACUAAAAUGUGGAUGAGGAAUAGGAGAUUUAGAUUUAUGAUUCAUUCUGUACAAAGGUGAUAAUUGAAGCCAGAGGGGAUAUGGUCACUGAGAUGUUAAAUAUAAAAAGAGAGGACUAGGGGCUGAGCCUUAGUAACAUUUAAUAGAAGGAGAAAGCUGACAAGGUCAGUGAAGAAGUGGAGUGAUUGGAAUAUCAUGCAUUAUAGAAGCCAAGGGAGAAGAGGAUUUCAGAGAUUAUUUAGUCAAGGGAAAGAGGGAAGAGGGUUAACCUACUAUUCAUUUACUCAACAAUUUUUUAUUGAGUGCCCACUAUGUUCCAGGUUCUAUUCCAGCACUGAACAAAACAAAGACCCCCACCCCAUGGGGCUUAUAUCCUGGAGAGGCUUACACUGUAGUAGGGUGUGCCUUUCUUUGUGUUGGGGGUUUUUCUUGAUCUGUGCAAUAACACUUUGGAAUAAGUGGUGUUAAUUCUGUUUUGCAUUUGAGGAGAUGACGGUUGAGGGACAUUGGGGAGCCAGGAUUCUAACGUGGUCCUGCUUGCUUCCAAAGCCUGUGUUCUGUUCAGGACUCCAGGCUGUCAUCACCAAUGUCACUUCUCUGCUUUAGUUACUACUUGAAUGCUGAUGAUUCCAAAGUCUGUGUCUCCAUUCUAGAUUUUCCUUCUGGGUUCCUGACCCGCUGAUCCAUCGGCUUCCUGGACAUUUCCUCCUGGAUACUUCACGGGUACAUCACACGGAACGUGUCUGAAAUGGAAUGCACCACUGCCUCUCCCUCACCUCCACUGUUUCACCCCAGCUACCCAACUUGGGCAGUUGAUCAGGAAUUCAAGAUGCUACAGGAUGUGGCUGUGAAUGAACCACAGAAGGAUGCUGGGUGCCGGGUCUGCGCCCGGUGGAAUCUCUGCAAAGAAGAGAUGCGAGAGGGGACACAGCUGAUCUCACUGGAUGCUGAGACCAGGGAAUAAGAUGAAGGACUGGAAGUCAAAGAUGGCAAUUUCUGAAGAAAAAGAUUCAGCCAGGGCCGUAUCAGAAAGAUUCCAAAGACAGAUGUCCCAGGAAUGUGGGUUAUUUGAAACUGGGGAUCCUGAGGACAAGUUAUUGAGGCAUUGGGCAAGCCCCUCAGAGGAGGCAGUGAGACAUCCUCCUUCCCAAGAGAGAAGUAUCAGGGAAGUGAAUCUCAUCCCCAAGACAGCCACUGCAGGAGAGAGAGGCCAUGGAUGUCAUGAAAGAGAAGACCUACUUUCUAUAGGAGACAAAUCCCACAGAUAUGAAGACUGUGACCAGAGCUUCAAAGAGAAGUCAGAAGUAAGUGAACAUCUGAAAAGUGAUAACAUAAAGAAAACCUAUGAGUGUAAAGAAUGUGGAAAAACUUUCAAUCGGAGCUCAAACCUGAUUAUACACCAGAGAAUUCAUACAGGAAAGAAACCAUAUGUAUGUAGUGAAUGUGGGAAAGACUUUAAUCAAAGUUCAAAUCUUAUUAUACAUCAGAGAAUUCAUACAGGAAAGAAACCUUAUAUAUGUCAUGAAUGUGGAAAAGACUUCAAUCAGAGCUCUAAUCUGGUUAGACAUAAGAGAAUUCAUAGUGGCGAGAAUCCCUAUGAAUGUAAAGAAUGUGGGAAGGCCUUCAAGGGAAGCUCAAACCUUGUCCUACACCAGAGAGUUCAUAGUGGAGGGAAGCCAUAUAUAUGUAGUGAGUGUGGGAAGGCCUUCAAUCAAAGCUCAGAUCUUAUAAUACAUCACAGAAUUCACACUGGAGAGAAACCUUAUGAGUGUUAUGCAUGUGGACAGACCUUCAGUCAAAGUUCACACCUUGUCACACAUCAGAGAAUUCAUACUGGAGAGAAACCCUUCAAGUGUAGUGAAUGUGAAAAGGCCUUCAGGCAGCGUUCACGCCUUACUGAACACCAGAGACUCCACAGUGGGGAGAAACCCUAUGAAUGUAGCAAAUGUGGGAAAUCCUUCAGUGGACGCACGAUGUUUCUUAAACAUCAGAGACUACACACUGGAAAGGAACUUGAAUGUGAAACAGCCUGCACUUCUAACUUGGACCUUCUCAAACAACAGAGAAUUCAUAGGGAAGAAAAACCUUAUGAGUGUACUGAGUGUGGAAAAACUUUCCGGGGAAGUUCAGAUCUGAUUCGGCAUUGGAUAAUUCAUACUGGGGAGAAACCCUAUGAAUGUAGCGAAUGUGGGAAAGCCUUUAGCCAGAGGUCGCACCUUGUCACACAUCAGAAGAUUCAUAGUGGAGAGAAACCCCAUCAGUGCGAUGAGUGUGGGAAGGCCUUCCGGCAGCGUUCACUCCUUGUUCAACAUCGGAGAAUCCAUAGUGGUGAGACACCCUAUGAAUGUAAGGGAUGUGGAAAACUCUUCAUCUGGCGCACAGCGUUUCUCAAACAUCAGAGACUGCAUGCUGGACAGAAACUUGAGGAAUGUGAGGAAACAUUCAGCAAGGAUGAGCUGCUUCAAGCUGAGCAGAGGAUUCACCAAGAAGACCAAGCUUAUCAGUGUAAUCAGUGCAGGAGAACUUUCCGAGGCAGCUCCGACCUCAUUAGACAUGAGGUGACUCAUACAGGAGAGAAACCGUAUGAAUGUAAAGACUGUGGGAAAACUUUCAAUCAGAGCUCAGACCUUAUGAGACAUCAUAGAAUUCAUAGUGGAGAAAAACCUUACAUAUGCAAUAAAUGUGGGAAAUCUUUUAGGGGCAGCUCAGAUCUCAUUAAACACCAUCGUGUUCAUACUGGAGAGAAACCCUACGAAUGCCCUGAAUGUGGGAAGGCCUUCAGUCAGAACUCACACCUUAUUAGUCACCAGAGAAUUCACACUGGAGAGAAACCCUUUGAGUGUAGCAGCUGUGCGAAGGCCUUCAGUGGGCGCACAGCUUUUCUUAAACAUCAGAAACUUCAUACUGGAAAGGAACUUGGGGAAUGUGAGAGAGUCUUCCAAUAGGACCUAUUCUGAUAGGUAACCGAAACCCAAUGAAUGUAGGAAAAGCCUGCUGGAGACCACAUCUUAUUGUACUGUAGAGGAUUUUUAUUGCUGAAAACCAUUUGAAGGUAGGAAAACACUGGAAGAGUCUGGCUAGAUGGAAAACAUAUGAGUGUAAUCAGGUGGAAAAGCUCUUGGACAUCAUAACCUUUUUUAUGCCUCAGAGUUGACACUGGAGUAUGGUCCCAACAUACUUGAGAAUGUUUUAGGGGACUUCUGUCAUUAUUAAAAUCAUUAGAAAUCACUUUGGCAAUAAUCCCAAAACUAAAUUCUUCAUGGAAGGAGCCAGUUCAGUCUUGACAAGUGACAAGUAUAAAUCUGCUUUAAGUACUUUAGGGUGAUAAAAUCUUUCUCUGGGAUAAAUUCUUCCCCUUACAUAUAUUUUAUACAUGUUCCUCUUUUAGCUUCCUUAUAAAAAUAUGCUUAUGCGGAUGUAAUAGUGCUGAUUAGAAUGAUCCACUAAUUGAGAGGAAACAAAAAGUAAUAGAAAGGACUUGACAACAGUACCUAAAGGCCAGGACACAAGAGCCAGUGAGGUAUUCCCCAGAGAAGGAGUAGUGACUACUAGUGGUUUCAGGAAAUGAAAAGGGAAGGGACAGGAGGACAGUAAGUGUUGGGCACAGGAUUAGACUGAGUGCCAGGGCACAGCGUUUAGGUGACGUGAGUUGGUGGGAAUUAGAAGAAAGCAACUACUGUCAAAGGUCCGGUGAGUAUAGGGAGAGGGCUCUGUCUUGAACCAAGGCUUUGUAAUUGGGCACAGCUUACUUGAGGGUUGGAAUGUCUAACAGAACUCUGAAGCAAGGUCAGUCAUAUAACCUGAUAGCUAACUUUGGUAGUUAGGCCCUGCCUGUCCGUGCAAUCAGACUCAAUCAUCAAAUAUUUCUUGUACUCUGAACUACUGGCAGAUUGUCUAUGAAUUUACAUGAGUCAUCAGAUAAGAAAGUUACUUGAAUGGGACAAUGUAAGGCAAGGAGAAUUUCAAACUCGUAUUUUUCCUCAGUGGGAGUAGCUUAUGAGAUGCACGGAGGGGACCAGUGGUUCUCAACUGGAGUGAUUUUGUUCCCCAGGGGACAUUUGGCAAUGUCUGGAGACAUUUUGGUUGUCACAACUGGGAAGAAAAUAUUCCAAACCAGGGAUGUUGCUAAAUAUUUUAUAAUACACAACCCCCCACAACAAGGAAUUAUCUGGCCCCAAAUGUCAAUAGUGCCAUGGUUGACCAUGGAUAUUUAGAACACUAGUCACCUGAGGCCAUUUAAGCAAGUGUUUCACGGAGAUGUGGGCAGUGGCAGUGCACCCCAAGGGGAGCCCAGAGUCUGAUAGAAACCUUUAGUUUGAUGAACUGUUUCAAGAAAGGCAGUCCGGUGUAGUGGAGGGAGCACAGACACAGGUUUGAAUCCUAGUACAACAUAUUGGCUUCGGGACCUGGAGCAAAGUUUGUAACCCCUCUGAUUCUUAUUUUCCUCAUUAAUAAAAUGGUGAUCGAAUAAUAUA